CAUGAUUGCGCGCGAAAUAGUGAAGUUGAAGUGGAGCAAUAACUUAAUUUACAUGUAAACAAUUUUUAUUUUUAUUCAAGUGUAAAUAGUGUAAAUUAUCGAAAUCAUGGCUCAGAGUAAAAAAGAUCCGGCCUGGGCUGACUGCUGCGAAGAUUGGGGAGGUUAUAUGGCUGCUAAAAAAGCUAAACUAGAAGAGCAGUUCCAAGAGUCAGCCCAAAAUCAAUUUGCCAAUCCUACAACACUUUUCAAUGGCAUUGCCAUAUUUGUCAAUGGAUAUACUGAUCCUUGUGCUGAUGAGCUUAAACGCCUCAUGAUGGCUCACGGUGGGAUUUACCAUCAUUACUUGAGAUUUCAGACAACAACUCAUCUGAUAGCCUCAAAUUUGCCUUAUUCAAAAAUUAUUGCCUACAGAAAAGCUAAAAAUCCAUUACCUUUAUGUAAACCAGAAUGGAUUACAGACAGUAUUAAAGCAGGAAAAGUACUUGAUUUUAGAAACUACCUAUUGUAUUCUCAGUGUACAAAAAAUCAGCCAUCUCUCAUGUCUCACGUUGUUAAAAAAACUGAGGUACAGGUUGACCUUCAACAAGAUUUACCAGAACGCCCCAGUUCUCCUAUAUUGAGUAGUACUAAAAGCCCCCCUACAUUUUUUUCAGUAAGAAAAAAAUUGGAGCAAAAAAAUGAAACAGUUACUUCUUCUUCAUCUGCAUCGGUCAUUGCUAAUAGCACCAAAAAUCCUGCAUUUCUAACUGAAUUUUAUAACAAUUCGCGUUUGCAUCAUAUUUCAACAAUGGGAGCAAUGUUUAAAGAUUAUAUAAGUGACCUUAGAGACAAGAAUGAUGGUAAAUUUCCUGGGUUAGAAUCCUUGAAAAAAAAGUAUAGUAAUCAAAAGUGUAAAGGUGGACCAUCAGUUACAGCAGAUGAUUCAAAUUCAGAUGAAGAUUUAUUUGACGAUGAUGAAUUUUUUCCAAAAGAAAAUUUAAUUGUUUCGAUCUCGAACGAUAAAAGUCAAAUUAUAAUGCACAUUGAUAUGGAUUGUUUUUUUGUAUCUGUAGGUUUACGCAAAAAUCCUAAUUUAAGAGGUUUUCCCAUAGCAGUCGCGCAUGCAAGAGGUAAUAAACAAAGUGGAUCUAAUGAUCCUGAGGAAUGCAGUUCGAUGUCAGAAAUAGCUUCUUGUUCAUAUGAGGCAAGACAAGCUGGUGUCAAAAAUGGCAUGUUUCUAGGUCAAGCUUUAAAACUUUGUCCAAAUUUAAAAACAAUUAAAUACGAUUUUGAAGGAUACAAAGAAGUCUCCUAUGCUUUGUAUCAUACAGUUGCUUCAUAUACAUUAAAUAUUGAGGCAGUAAGUUGUGAUGAAAUGUAUGCAGAUUGUACAAAAAUUUGUCAAUUAACUGGUGCAAGUCCUUUAGAAUUUGCCUCCAUACUAAGAAAUGAAAUCAAAGACAAGACUGGUUGUCCUGUGUCUACAGGGUUUGGAGAAAAUAAAUUGCAGGCGAGGCUGGCCACUAAAAAAGCAAAACCAGAUGGUCAAUAUCAUUUAAAAGGCGCCGAGGUUAGAUCUUUCAUCAGAACAUUGAAUGUCAGGGACUUACCAGGUGUUGGGUAUUCUACUAGUCAAAAACUACAUCAAAUGAACAUUAAAACUUGUGCAGAUUUAGAAAAAAUUUCGUUAUAUGAGCUGCAAAAAGAAUUCGGUAAAAAAAAUGGUCAGCAGUUGCACGAUAUGUGUCGAGGUAUCGACCAUAAUAAAUUAAAUUUAGAACACGUAAGAAAAUCUGUUUCUGCAGAAGUAAACUAUGGAAUUAGAUUCGAAAACACGGAAGCAGCACAUGAGUUUCUAAAAAAAUUAAGCAUAGAAGUUAGUGACAGACUGAAAAAAAAUAGUUUAAAAGGAAGAUGCGUCACUCUAAAAGUUUUAUUUCGCUCAAAAGAAGCGCCAAAUGAACCGAAAAAGUUCAUGGGUCACGGAAUUUGUGAUGCCUUUAAUAAAUCAAAAAAUUUAAUUGCUGCCACCGACGACCCCAUAAUAAUCACGAGAGAAAUCACGUCUUUAUGGAAUCAGUUUAACGAAAAUCCACAAGAUGCAAGAGGUGUUGGAAUUCAAAUGACCAAGUUGGAGUCCACAAAAAAUAAACCAGCUGUAGCCACUCUUUUUAAAUUCAUCGAUAAAAUGAAAGAGCAAGAAAAAGUUAUCAAAGAAUCCAAUAAUGUUAGUCAUUUUAUCAAUGUUGCAGGAGAAAAUGAAUCUGAAAUAAAAGAAAUUAUUGCAAUUUCCAAUAAACUCCAAAACAAAACAAUAACAGAUCAUAGAAAGUCCAAUCUACAAGAUAGAAAUAAAAUUACGUUGAAUCUAAAAAAGGAAAUACCUGAAGUGAUUACACUGGAUAGUGAUGAUGAAGAUAGUUCUAAUAUGGGUGGAAAAACUAUUAGUGACGCUAAAAUCGUGAUUUGCGAGUCAAACAAUGAGGAGUUUAAAAAGCCGGUGACUAAUCAAUUAAAAAAUCCUAGUCAAUUCAAGCAAACGAAGCAACCGGAAUAUUUUAAGCAAAUAAAGCCAAACGCUAAUAAAUCUGGUAAAUUUGCAAUGCCAGAUAUUCAGGAAGUCGAUAUGAAAGUGUUAAUCGAACUGCCUGAAGAAAUUCGCAAUGAAAUUCUUAAUGAAUAUGCAAACAAGGGAAACGAAGAAGCUAGAAAAAUUCCAGAAAAUCCUCAAAAAAAAGUCACAGCUAAUUCACACGUUACCAACAAAGAAACUCAAGCGGACAAAGAUAUAUCAUUUUCACAAAUUGAUCCAGAAUUUUUGGCAGCUCUACCAAAUGAAGUUAAAAACGAAGUCAAAAACUAUUGUGACUUGAAGAAAAAACAAAAAAAUAUUCAGCCAGAAGAAAAAAUAAAUAAUAAUUUUGGCACUAGAGGGUGGAAUAUUUUCGAAAAUGAAAAAAAAUCUAACAAAAAUGUAAAAUUAAAAUCAGGAAGAGGUAGAGGGCGACCAAGAAAAAAAAUUCCAGUUUUUCCAACUAAAGUUAUAAAAGAAACUGAACCAACUUCAAAUACAACCAAAAUGCAGACAGUAGAAAAUAUUUUACCUGAAGAAAAUGAAAACCCUGCAGCAUUAAAUUGCACUUUUCAUUUUGAUCGUUCGAAUGGAAAUUCAGAGCACUCUGAAAUUUUAUCUGAUUUGGUGAAUUGUCUUCUCGCGCUUCCGAUUUCUCAGAUAAAACGACAAAUUAUGGACUGGAUAAGUAAUAAUACCGAUGUAAACGACGUCGACUUCCUUUCCAUGACUACUUUUCUUGGUACUCUACCACGAAAAAAUCGUCUUCCAGAUCUCUAUGUACUUUUAAAGUGUCUACGCAGAUCUGUUGUUGAAAGAGAGAGUUGCAUCUGGCAUGAGUCUUAUAAAAAAAUGUUGAAACACAUUCAGGAUCGCGUGCGCGAGGAAUAUUCUUAUGGAUUGAUGAUUCCUGAUGAAAUUGAGUGUGAUAAGUGCAACAAUAGUAGUACGUGA